AUGGAUGAAGUAAAUGAAAGGAUCUCUAUCGGGGAUGUGAACGAGGACACGGCUAUCUUUGGCGAACUCGUCAAUCAGAUGGCGCCGGGGAUUCGUGUUCGGCAUUUUCUGGUCGACGGCUUUGGCUCCAUGAGAGAACCACCCUGGAGCGAUUCAAAUAACAUCAGCCUCUUGUUUCAUGCCCUACAACAGCAGCCACUGGAAACCAUUUCUCUGGAGAAUAUUGGGAUCUUUGCAGACGAUGAGCGCUCAGGACCCUUUCCCAUUCGGCUGUUGACGCGAUUGCUAUGCUCGGAAUCUUGCCGUCUUUCCUUGAAAAAUCUGAAACUGAUAGACUGCAUCUUGGAUGGUACCAAUGAAGAUUGGGAAGAGUUUGCAUUAGCCAACAACAACUUGCCCGAGUUGGACCAGUUUGUUUUGGAUACGUGCGACUGUGCAUUAGACUAUCCCCUGGAACAGUUUGACAGGUUUGGUGCCAUUUUGCCAUGCAACAGUCCCAAACUGACCUCUGCGAUUGUUGAUCCUGCCAAAACCAGAGGAUACAUUGACCUUGGGGCUGCUAGAAGAAUGUGCCGACUACCACAACUUCGGCGACUUUGUCUCUUCGAAAUGGCUUUUCCUGGCGAAACCACGGCCACAAUGUUUCAAACGCUGGCGCAGCAGUCUCCGACAGGGUGUUUCACGUCCCAUCUGGAGACCUUGAAGCUUGGUGUCUGUGACAUGGAUGCAGUCGCUGUUCAAGCCUUUUCAAGCCCGGGUGCUGUUAAAGAUGAAGGUGCAUUCAUUGCCAUCAUGGAAGCAUUGAAGAGAAACAGGACCAUACGGUGCUUGGACUUCAGAUGGUCCGAGAAAGCAUGGCUGGUGCAACCUACGCCUAAAUAUGGCGCAUCUGCUCUGGCUGCGUACCACGACAUGAUUAGAUCCAACUGUACACUCUUGGCGAUGUACGUUGUCGAUCACUCAUUGUAUUGUGGGGAUCUUCGCAGCAUGAAAAUGUUUUAUGCUCGCUUGAACCAAAUUGGUAGACAAAGAUUUCUGGAAGCGGGAAACUUUGUGUCAGACGAGGAAUGGUUGGACAAAUUGGUGGCUGUUGGGAGGGAAAGGGAAAACGACCAUUACAAUGCCCUCAGCUUUGUGUACUAUUUUCUACGAUUGAAUCCACUGAUCUGUGUCCAGCACUCUGCCAGCUCUAACACGAGAGUCUUGUUGCCACCUAACUGA